AUGGAGUCGGUAAAACAAAGGAUUUUGGCCCCGGGAAAAGAGGGGAUAAAGAAUUUUGCUGGAAAAUCCCUCGGCCAGAUCUACAGAAGGGUGCUGGAGAAGAAGCAAGACACCCGGGAGACCAUCGAGCUGACAGAAGAUGGCAAGCCCCUGGAGGUGCCUGAGAAGAAGGCUCCUCUGUGCGACUGCACCUGCUUCGGCCUGCCGCGCCGCUACAUCAUAGCCAUCAUGAGUGGCCUCGGCUUCUGCAUCUCCUUUGGCAUCCGCUGCAACCUGGGUGUGGCCAUCGUGGACAUGGUCAACAACAGCACCAUCCACCGCGGAGGCAAAGUUAUUAAGGAGAAAGCCAAAUUCAACUGGGACCCUGAAACCGUGGGGAUGAUUCAUGGCUCGUUCUUCUGGGGGUACAUCAUCACCCAGAUUCCGGGUGGAUAUAUCGCAUCGCGGCUGGCUGCCAACCGGGUCUUUGGGGCUGCAAUACUGCUCACCUCUACCCUCAACAUGCUAAUCCCGUCAGCAGCCAGAGUGCAUUAUGGAUGUGUCAUCUUCGUUAGGAUAUUGCAGGGGCUUGUGGAGGGUGUCACCUAUCCAGCCUGUCACGGGAUAUGGAGCAAGUGGGCCCCUCCUUUGGAGAGGAGUAGGUUGGCUACCACCUCCUUUUGUGGUUCCUAUGCUGGGGCGGUCAUUGCGAUGCCUUUAGCCGGUAUCCUCGUGCAGUACACUGGAUGGUCGUCGGUAUUUUAUGUGUAUGGAAGCUUUGGCAUGGUCUGGUACAUGUUCUGGCUUCUGGUGUCUUAUGAGAGUCCUGCAAAGCAUCCUACCAUUACGGAUGAAGAACGUAGGUACAUAGAGGAGAGCAUUGGGGAGAGCGCAAAUCUGCUCGGCGCAAUGGAAAAAUUCAAGACCCCGUGGAGGAAGUUUUUCACGUCCAUGCCCGUCUAUGCGAUAAUCGUUGCAAAUUUCUGUAGGAGUUGGACUUUUUAUUUACUGCUCAUCAGUCAACCAGCUUACUUUGAGGAAGUUUUUGGAUUUGAAAUCAGCAAGGUUGGCAUGCUGUCUGCGGUCCCACACCUCGUCAUGACAAUCAUUGUGCCUAUCGGGGGGCAAAUUGCAGAUUUCCUAAGAAGCAAGCAAAUUCUUUCAACAACUACAGUGAGAAAGAUCAUGAAUUGUGGUGGUUUUGGCAUGGAAGCCACCCUGCUCCUGGUUGUGGGCUACUCUCAUACUAGAGGGGUGGCCAUCUCCUUCUUGGUGCUUGCAGUCGGAUUCAGUGGAUUUGCUAUCUCUGGCUUCAAUGUUAACCACUUGGAUAUUGCUCCAAGAUACGCCAGUAUCUUGAUGGGCAUCUCAAAUGGCGUUGGCACACUGUCGGGGAUGGUCUGCCCUAUCAUUGUUGGUGCAAUGACAAAGAACAAGUCCCGUGAAGAGUGGCAGUAUGUCUUCCUCAUCGCUGCACUGGUCCACUACGGUGGAGUCGUAUUUUAUGCAAUAUUUGCCUCAGGAGAGAAACAACCUUGGGCAGACCCUGAGGAGACAAGUGAAGAAAAAUGUGGUUUCAUUCACGAAGAUGAACUGGACGAAGAAACAGGGGACAUCACGCAGAAUUACAUAAAUUACGGUACCACCAAGUCUUACGGCGCCACCACCCAGGAGAACGGAGGCUGGCCUAACGGCUGGGAGAAGAAAGAAGAGUUUGUGCAGGAAGGAGCCCAAGAUGCAUACAGCUAUAAGGACCAAGAUGAUUAUUCAUAA